CAUACAGCGCAUGUUGGCGCCAAACACCAGAGCAGAACAGCUGUUUUAUAUGCAAUAGGCGGGAUUCCUAGUCCAAUUGUACAAUGAACAAGAGCCGGUAGUUGUCAUUUAUUUUUGUACUCCACCCUCGUUGUAUGUCCUCGGACAUUAAACGUAAUAAUUUGUAAAAAUUUAAUAGUCAUUCGUCAUUAAUUUUCGCUCAGAUGAAAAUAGUUUUGAGGGAUUUACGAGGUUUGCAAUAGUGUGACAUAACCAAGAAGAAGACUCCAUUACGUUUCUAUCGAUAAAAUAAAAAGGAAGAGAUGGAACCUCUAAAAAUACAUCUGGAUGCGUUGGAGAUGGCUGGGAAGAUGGUGGACAAACACAUGAUCGCCGACAGCAAUUUUCCAUCUCUCUUGAAUCUCAUGAGAUAUUCAGUACAAGGAGGACCGACUGUCAGUGGUUUGGAUGAUCAUGAUUAUCCGAAUCUAAAUGGAAAUCUAAGCCUCAGUAGUAUCAAUCAAAUGAAGAUGCACAGUAAGAUUCCCCUACCGUCAGAAGUAAUGGAGCACUUUGGUCACAUGCAGUGUCACUGUAUGAUGGGACUAUUCACUGAUAUCUCUAAAGCUUGGCUGACAAUCGACAGUGAUAUUUACGUUUGGUCAUAUGAGAACGAAUCAGACGUUGCGUAUUUCGAUGGUCUUAAUGAGACUAUAAUAAGCGUCGGUCUCGUCAAACCAAAAGCUGGAAUAUUUCACAAUUACGUUAAGUACCUAUUGAUUCUUACAACGACUGUUGAAAUAACGGUAUUGGGGGUGACUCUGAGUGAAAAACCUGAUGGUAGCCAGGGAGAAAUACAACUUGUUCCAGAACCGAUAUUUACGGUAACAACUGAUGGAAUUGCCAUAACUACAAUAGCGAAUACAAGCAGUGGUAGGAUAUUCUUGGGUGGUAGAAAUGGUUGUCUGUAUGAAAUUCAUUAUCAAGCUGAGAGCAGUUGGUUUGGCAAGCGCUGUAAAAAAGUUAAUCAUUCUGAAGGGCCUUUAUCAUUCUUGGUGCCAUCAUUUAUCACAGUAGCACUCUCCGAGGAGGAAGCCAUUGUUCAAAUAUCCGUGGAUGAUUCGAGAAAUAUUUUGUAUACACUCGGUGAUAAAGGAACGAUUAUGGUAUGGGACAUUGAUAAUGGUGGUGCUUCAAAAGUAACAUCUCUAUCUCAAUCGUCACUCGUACAAAAUACUGUUCACAUCGUUAAAACACUGGACAGUAAUAAUUUUCGACCACUAGUCAGCAUCUCAGCUAUCACCGAGAGUGAAUCAAUUCAUCUGAAUUUGGUGGCUGUUGCUGCUACUGGUACGAGAUUCUAUUUCACUUGCACUUCGAUAACAAAUCCUGGAAUGAGGGCUCAGUGCUUGCAGCUCGUUCAUGUGCGAUUACCACCGGGUUAUGCUGCCAAUGCGCCAGUUAUGAGACCGAGAAAAGUACAAAUGGCGCAUUAUCGUAAAGGUACACUCAUACUUGUUUGUGGUGGUGAUACAGAGACUGCUUGGUGUCUCAGCAAUGAUGCUUAUCCAUUUACCAAUUAUCUUGCUGAGACCCAGAGUAUUUUACCACUGGACAGUCCUGCUUGGGCUAUGGCUGAGAUAUUUGGUGAGUCAGUUAUUCAUAUUGAUAAACAGGGAGCUCACGGGGAGCCACCGUUACUGGUGAGACAACACAUGGAGCCACCGAGAAAAUUCAUAUUUCUUACAGCACAAGGUGCUAUUAUUCUCGUUCAAGUCAGACCAGUUGAUAUACUUCGACAGCUUCUUCUUGAACAACGUGGCCCUGAUACUGAAUCAGUUCGAUUGUAUUUUGACAGUCAAUCACCGGAGCAGGCGUGUGCAACUUGCCUUAUUUUGGCUACUCUCGAGUCUUCUCAGAAUGCACAAUUAUCUGAAUGGGCAACUCGUGCAUUUUUCCUGUACGGUGGGCAAAGAGCUAAUCAGCAUACAACCAGCAUGCACCAUCACUCAUCACCACCACUCAAUUCUGUUCACACAUCAACACCAAGAGUUCCACCAAUUGAUCCACGUCAAAAUAUCUUUCGAACUCCUUAUCAACAACAACUUGCUAUCAACGCUGAAACGAGUAUACAUCAAUUUUCCGCUAAACAUGGGGGACUUUAUUUGUACGUUGGGAGAAUUCUCAGACCUAUUUGGAAUAUCAGAUGCAUCAAGCAAGAAAUUGUUAAUGCCAAGCCACAGGUACAGAGCACUGUGACCUCUAUUCAAAUUGGAUGGAUUCUUGGUCAUCUUCAAGCACUCAGAUCUUUUCUGAAUAAAAAUACGCACAUCUCUAAACAACACACCACCAGUAGAAGUCUCACCACUGAGGGGCACUUCGAUACAGGAAUGAGUCAUUAUCAAGAGCCAAUGGUUGAGGAGAGAAAUUCACUCGAUGCUCUCAAGGUCUUCAUCACUCAUGCCUGUGAAGUUUUGGGACUGUGGAAGAUAUUGUGUGAGAAUCAACUGCACAAUAUCGUCAAUUCUCUCUCGAAAGAUCAAGUCAAUCAAUUUUCAACAGCAACGUUCAGAGAUUUAAUUUUGAUGGGACAUGAAAUAUGUUCGCUAUUGAUCAUCCAUUUAAUUGACAGUUAUCUCGGUGACAAUACGUCAGUCGAUGUUGUCAGUACGAGAUUGAGAGAUGUCUGUCCAAAUUUAUACAAAAGUGAAGACGCUGUGUGCUCAAAGGCCAAUGAGAUCAUUCUGAAAGCUAAAAAUUGCUCCAAUGCCGAGGAGAAAGAAUCACAUCUUCAAUCAGCAUUGAAAUUAUGCAAAAUGGUAGCACCACGGUUAAAUCUGGCAGCAGUAUGUCAACAAUUUGUUGCUUGUCAAUUUUAUACUGGUGUUUUGGAGCUCUGUCUAUGCUGCGCUGAGAAGAUUGAUCCAAAUAACGCAGCUCUACAUUAUUACAAGAAUAAUGAACCACCAGAAGAUCAAGAGGGUAAUUUGGCAUAUUUCAAGAGACUGGAGAUUUAUAAAGAAGUGACUGUUAUGCUCGAUCAUCUCUACAAUCAGAGUAUAUCUAAUCCAUUGACACCGACGAUUCCUAGCAAGCCAGGACCACCAACUUACAAUACCUCGAGCAUAGCAACAGCUCCAGCUAAACAAGUUCUUCAUGAGAUAAUCGAGGAUGCUCUUCACAGCUCGUGUGAAAUUCUUCAUGCAUCCAUCUACACCUGGAUGAUUGAACGCAAUCUUCAUGGUGAACUUGUCGCCCUGGCUGCCCCCUCUCUGGAGCCAUAUUUAAUCCGAGUUAAUGCACCUGAGCUGUUGUGGCAAUUCUAUGAGCGAAGCAAAAAUCAUGCCGCUGCUGCUAAAAUUCUUGAUGCACUGGCUACAAAACCUGGACCGAAUGUCUCUUUAUCUCAGAGAGUUGAGUAUCUUGCGAGAGCUGUUGUGUGUAUGAGAAGCGAUCAAGCUGGUUAUGCUCCUUAUCUCGGGGUAUUUCUUCGAGAGCUCGAGGACAAGGUUGAAGUUGCAAGGAUUCAACAGCAAAUCCUCGAUACUAUCUCCAAUCAGCAACAAUUGUUCGACAAUAUGGUGGUGAGGGAUGCUAAACUCAGGCUAAACUCGUCACUGUUGGAUAUCACUCAAUUGUACGAGGAAUAUGCGGAUCCUCUUCAGCUUUGGGAGUCUAAACUGGCGAUUAUUCACUGCUCCGGGCAUCAGGAUGCUAUGCUCGUUCAGGGAAUUUGGACCAAUAUUAUUGAGAAUGAAUUGAAAAAUGCACAAAGCCAAACCUCCACUGAGGAUAAAAUGUCUAUUCUCAUGAGUAAAAUUAAAAUGCUGGGACAAGAAUAUUCAGGCACUCCGCAUUGUUUUCCCAUUGAUUUUUUGAUUAAAGAACUGGAAAUUCGGGCGUGCAGAUUAGCCGUGUCCAAUACAGAUAUUAUUACUGGAUUUUUACAGCUCGGUGUUUCUAUGGAGGAUCUUUUGGAUUUGUAUGACAAACUCAUUGGGGGUAAUAAUCGUGUCUGGUUGAAUGAGGGUAAUGAAUUUCAUUUGAUUGAAUCCACUGCCAAUCUUGUCAAUUACUUCACUAAUAAUACAAAAAUAGCUAAUAACUUUCUCAAGAGAAAAGUCAUAAUCAAAUGCCAGGAUAUUAUUUCCAAAUGCCUGACAACAUUGUUCAGUAAGCCCAAUGCCAGUGAACUUAUUCAACGACUCAGAGCCAUUCAGAGUGUACUCAAUAGGCUCUAAUUUCACUAUUUAUAUUUUCUCAUCAAUGAUUUCUUUUUUUUACUUACGAUUAGCAGAAAACUUUCGUCAGUCUCUGUAAAAUGUAAAAGGUGGAAGAUAAAUACAAUAACGAAAGAACAAAAUGAUGCAUUAUUAUUUCAGUUCAUUAAAUCCCCAAUCCUCAAAUUAAUUCCUUAAAUAAUAAUUUUUCUUUUAGGAAGGGAAUGAUGUAGUGUAAUAAUGACCAAUUUAUCGAAGCAAUCUUUAAUAUAGCAACAUAGUCAGUCUUACAAUAAGCCGGAAAAUACAAUCUACCAUUAACCAGGGAGCAAAUGAAAUGGAAUAUGUUGCUCAUUUGACGCUCAAUUAUUGCUCAGAGAAAUAAAAAAAUCAUGAAAGCCAUAUCAAAAUGAAUUUGUCAUUUUGUACAUCUCAACGACAAUAUAAUUGAAGCGAAUAAUAAUAAUUUUUCGAAUCAAUAUAAUAUUUGCUUAUAGAAAUGUGCAAUUAAUAAUUAAUAUCGAAAUUAUUUCUCAUCUUACCAUCUAAUUACAUACGAUAAAUUUCUGCCAACUGCACAUCUUUAAAGGUCCUUACGAAUGAAUAAAAUAAAAUAGCAUGCUAGCUUUCUCCUAUCCAUACGAUUAUGAAUAUUAUUGUAAUUAUAAUCAUCAUCAUCCUCAUUAUAGUCAAUAUAUUUUUUCUUCCACUUUUUCUCUCAUUUAUUUCACCUAAUUAAUAAUCAUUCCUCACAUGCUCUUAUUCCCAGGAUCUCACACUGUCUCACGUUAUUCGCGUGAAAAAAAAAAAA